AUGAAAAACGGCAAUACCGUGGCCGUGGAGAGACGCAUGGAUCUGGCCUCUUUCUUCUGCAUGAUCGGGAGACACGGUCCGGCCGUGGCUCUGGCUGUGAUAGCGAUGAUAUCCGUGCUGGCGGGCUUCAUCAUCUACCGGACCGUGCGGAGGAAGAGGAGGAAGGCCACCGCAGACGACGGUGACAGCACGAGCCCCGGAGCGGACAGAGACGCAUCGGUGAUCCCGCCGAGCUCCGAGGAGUCACACAGCACCAGGGAGUCAACAGACGUGAGUGAUGAAGGCUCAUCAGACGUGACGGAGGAUUUUGAUGUUAUUCAGAGUGAUCUUAAAAUGAGACACCGCCGUGCUGCUGCUGUUGCUGCUGUUGCUGCUGCUGCUGCUGCUGAGAGCAAACCUCCACUUUAUACUCCUCCUAAGAUUGAAAUCCAAGUACCAGACUACAAGCACACCACUUCAGAUGAAACGGAGGAAAUGGCAGUUGUGUUGGACUCUAAUGAAGUACCAGAGAUGUAUGCAAAAGAGGCCACUCAGAGCCUGCAAAGUGAUACUUACACUGAGGCUGAAAUGGUGGCGGAGGAUGCUGUUGAUUGCCAGCAGGGAGAAACAGAUGACGUGAUUAAGGAUGUGUUGGAAGAGGUCCAUGAUAAUGAUAGCUGCUGGAGGAAGCCUGAGCCAAUUAGUGAUGAGAAUCACAAGGAGAAAGAGAAGGUGUCAAAAGCAGAAUGCUGGGAAGAUGAGGACGUGACCACAGACAAGGACGUUUUUGUCAAGACAGCCAGAGAAGAGGAGGAAAACCUUCAGUGUGCUUUGAACAGCGCAGUGCACUUUGAACAAAGCCCUUGUAUGAGUGAUGGUGAUAGAACACAAGAUGAUAAAACCACAAACAGCAUAGAGUCCAACCUGGAGGGGCCUGUCAGUGUUAUUGAAGAUGUACCUGUCCCUUUCAUAUGUUAUGGCAAAGAUGGGGAGUUUGAGGAGGAGAGUCAAGAUAGUAAUGAUUACAGUAGUCAUCUGGGCAAUGCUCACCUCUCUCUAGGAGAGGAGAAGAAAAAAGAGGUUGAGGAGGCAGAAGGGGAAUGUGUAGAUCAACAAGCUGAGAUUGGGUCCUUAGCAUCUGAAGAAGAAAUAAACCUGCCAUCUACACAGCAGGAGCAGUGUGAUUGUGUGAUGGAUAAGGUGGCGCCACCCAUUCAGGACAGAAGUAGGGUUGAAGAUAGUGGUCUAACUGGUAAAGAAGUUAUAGAUGAAGACCACUUAAAUGAAUUUACAGCUGUCAAAUUUGACACCCAGUCGCCACAGUUUGCCAAGCAAGAUGUGGAAAUUGAACAAGAGGAAAAUGGUCUUGCGUGCGAUCAAGAGAACAGCGUUCUUCAUGAGGAUCAUGUGAAAGAGAAAUUUCUGACUAGUGACAUCAUCAUUGCCCGCUGCGAAGAACAUUACAGCUCAAAUGUGGCACCCAGCUCUUCUCUGCCCUGUUUGAGUGCUCCCGUAAGGGCUGAUAAUCAUGAUGAUGGUCUGCCAGAUAUGACCACUGAUUUUAAAGCUCAAAUUUCUGGCAUUGCAGAUUUCCCUGACUUGUCACUGAACCAUCAAGAACCACCAAAAGAAGAUGAAAUAGAUCCUUCUCUGGUUGAAGACACUGAUUCUGCUGUUCUUAGCCCUCAAAUGCAGUCGCAUCAGACAGAAAAUCUACCUGAAAACAACAAAAAUGGCACAGCUAUAAUGUUGGCUGAAGAAUGCAAUGACCAAGUGAAUGAACCUCAUGUACAGUCUUGCUUCAAAGACCAACAAGGUAUGGAAACUAAAAGAAGUGAAGCUUUGGGAGAGGCAGGUGUCACUCCUGCUCCUGAUAUAGUUGCUUGUGAUGGUGAAAUCACUACUACCCGUAGAACGGCUGAAGUUUCUGACAAGGCAAGUACUGCUGAUCCCGAUACAGUAGAAAAUGCACCUUCUGUAAUAGUUGGAGAAAUGUUUUAUCCUCUGCUGUCAUCCAUUUGCCAAGACCAGAAAAGUGACUGCAUGCACAAUAAUAAAACUUCUGACAAGACGGGGCUUGAUUCUGCUCCUGCAGAUGAUUGCAAUAAUGCACUUUUAAAUCCUGAAGAAAUACCUUGUCCUGACAUGUUGUCUCUGUCCCAAGACCAACAAAGUGACCAUGUGGAAAAAAACAAAACUUUUGAUGAGACAAAGGUUAAUUCUGCUAUUGAUGCACCCACUUGUGAUAAUGCAAACAUUACUUCACCAAAAAUGUUUGAAGAAAUAUUUCAUCCUGACGCAUCUUCCUCUCAAGACCCACAAAAUGACCAAAUGGAAAAUAAUGAGAUUUUUCAUCAGGCAGAGGUUGAUUCUGCCAUUGGUGCACCUGCCUGUGAUGACACUGCCAUUUCUUCACCAAUAAUAUCUGAAGAAUCUCAUCCUGACGUGUUGUCUUCCUCCAAAGACCAACAAAGUGACCACAUGGAAAAUAAUGAAAUUUUUCAUGAAACAAAGGUUGAUUCUGCCAUUGACACACCUGUGUGUGAUAAUGCUACCAUAACUUCUCCAACAAUAUCUGAAGAAAUAUGUUAUCCUGACAUGUUGUCCUCCUUCCAAGACCAACAAAGUGACUGCAUAGAAAACAAUGGAACUUUCAAUGAGACAACCCUUAAUUCUGCCAUUGAAGCACCUGCUUGUGAUAAUGCCACCAUUACUUCUCCAAUAAUAUCUGAAGAAUUUUAUCCUGACAUGUUGUCUUUCUCCCAAAACCAACAAAGUGACCAAAGUGUUGCUCCUGUCAUGACUGAGGACAACGGCUCUCCCAUUUAUCAAUAUCACUUGCUGUCUUUGGAGCGACGUGAUACAGUGGACAAUGACUUAUCAUUUGCUCAUGUUGCUGAGGAGAGUGGGAUUUCGAGCAUGACUGUCAGCCCUGAUGCCGGUAAUGAGUUUGACGUGAUCUUUGAAAAUGUGGCGCUUCCCAUGAUGGAUUACGAUCUACAGCCUGAAGGACAGACAGAGGUUCAAAACAGCCUCUUUGCUGAUGAUGUAGCCGUAUCCGUCAUUAAAGAGGAUACAGCAGGUAUGGUGUUUGGGCCUUACUCAUCACUUCACUCACAGCCACCCCACAGUGAGUGCACGAGUUGGACUAAUUAUGAAUCAGUUGCAGCCAACGAGGAUGUUUUUGGCCAUGAGGUUGAGGAUAGUUACCACAGAGCAAUGGAUCAGUUUAUGGCGCAGAUUGUAGACAGUGUCACGAGCUACACUGAUGAGCUGAAAAAGCAGGCAGAUGUGAAAGUUGUUGUUGAGGUUGAAGAGGUUAAGGAGAAAAAGACAAAGGCAGGUGUUGAAAAGAAAGAGGAAACAAAAGCAGAGGAAAAAGAAGAGGACUAUGAAAAGACUGAAAUUAGUAUCAUGGAGGCGACUAUGGACCAUAAUGAAUGGAUCAUGGAAAAUAACUACCAAGUCCUUCCCUGGAUGAAUCUUUCUGUCCCAUCUUUUACUGAAGACCACACAAAAAUCAACCAGCCUCCCACUGAGGAGUGCCAAAGCAGCUCUGCUGUUACAACCACCACUUCAAUGCAUGUAGAUACAACAUAUAUCCCACCUUCCACUGAAGUCAAACAGACCAGCGCUCUCUCUGUUGUCGACGAAAACAUGGACAGUAACAAAAAGGUUGUGGCGGUCCAGCCCAUGCCCCAGAAUGUCAACGUGACCUUCCGUGUCCAUUAUUUAACCCAAUCACCAUACCAGACAGUGGCUGUUACAGGGAACCAGGAGGAGCUGGGGAACUGGAAGAGUUUUAUCCCACUAGAGAGGGCCAAGGGUGGGCACUGGUCCACAUUGGUCAGCCUGCCUGCAGAGAGCCACGUGGAGUGGAAGUUUGUUGUGCUGGACAAGGGUCAGGUGUGCCGCUGGGAGGAAUGUGGCAACCGCCUCCUUGAUACAGGCUUCGGAGAUGACCUGCUGGUGCAAAAAAUGUGGGGAUACUUGUAAGAGGUGAGAGAGGAAAAAAUUGAGAGUGACAUGUACAGAAUGGUUUGGCACUUGAUACUGAACCAGACCAACCAACCAAGUCAAGUUUGUUUGUACAGCCUGUCACAAGACCCAUAUGAGGACACAUACUCCUUUAUGCUGUAUCUUAUCAUGAAUACAUCCUAGUAAUCAUCAGUUUGGAAAAUUUGGGGGUCAUCAAGAGGUCUAUAGCGUAGGUGAGAACUGGGAUACAUUGAAGAGUGGCUUGGGUUAUGGUGUUGGGUUUUUCAAGAUGUCAGUGUUACAUAUAACCACUGAUCCUACAACUUCUAAUUUGAACCAUAUUUAGUCUUGAUGCCUAGACAUAUUUUGACUCACAUAUUUCUGCUCAUGGGGAUAAAACAGGCAUCUACUGGAACUUUUUCUUAGAGGAUUGCACUCUAAUAGCCAGUGUUUUUUUCAGGGAACUGAAAAGAUUGCCAUCACAAUUACAUAAAAUGUCUUCCUUUUUCUCUGUGGCAGUAUCUAUAAUUAUGCAGAUUGGGCCUCUUUGAAAGAUGUAAUGCAAGUGUUUGUGCAAAUGGAGACUUUAUUAUACUGUCCAUAUGCUGCUUAAAUACUUCCCAACAAUCUAUGAGAAUAAAUGCACAUAGUUCACUUUUACUACAGCAAUAAUGAAAGCAAUAAAUGUAUAUUGUAUACUGUAUAACUGGUCUUAUAUCAGGUAUUCUUAUGUGUUUACCACUGAACUGUGAUGAAGUUGUUACUUUUGAUGCUGCUUUUAUCUCCUGGGACUGUGUGCAUGCAAGAUUGUCCCAUUGUUGUUCCAUAAAUGUGCCUUUUAGUCAUUAAUUUUUUUCUAUUAAUAUGUUAUAAUACAUCACAGCGGUAUUUUUUCUUUCUUUUUAAAUCAGCUUUGCUGGCCACCAUUUUCUGUAACUACGACUUUUAUUGGAUUACUUAGAGUAUAUUGAUUAAUACCUUAAAACUAAUGUCACUUUUUAUUGUCAAGUUUCAGUGCUUUAUCAAUGUAGACCAUAGUCUAUAUCUCAGAUCAUGUCAGAGUAUCUUGUUAUGCAAUACUGUGAUGAUAAUGCUACUCUUGAAUGUGUUUAAGGUGAAGUUGGUUACCAAAUAAACAAAUCUUCCAAGUAUGUCA